AUGCAGCUCAAUAAUUCAGCACGGGAAGCGUUUGUGGCCUCUGCGGGGCCAAACACUCGCUUUACAUCUCUUUCCAUACUCUUGGGCCCUUCGUGCAGCACCAAACGUGGUCGACAACUCCUCAAACAGUGGUUGGAAGGGCCUUGUAUUGACUCGGUGGUUCUAAAUGAACGGCACGAUACAGUGAGUGCAGUGAUCUCAGCAGCGAGCGAAGAGAAAGCGAUACUCUGGAAACUAUCGGGUCUCUUUCAGCACUUUCAAAGCUACGAGCGUGAAUUAUCAGUCUUUACUACUGCUCAUGUCGUGGAUAACUUUACAGAUACAAAGCUGUCUUUGUCGGACUUUAAUGGUCUUCUAAAGUGGCUCCGGAAAUUUCAAGCUCUUGUGAAAACCUGUAUCGAAGAUGCAGAAAUUUCAUCUGAACUUGGCAAUUUGUAUUCGACACGACUUGACCCAAUUCUGCUGCUCUGUACUCGAGAUCUUGAGCCUUUCUGUGCAGUGAUUCCAGAUGUACUUUCGAGCAUGGUAAAAACCAGCAAUGCUAGAGAGAUAGACAGCGACAAUGAGAUGAGGGCGUCAACCUCACACCUCCACGAGCUACGAUAUCAAAUCAGCCAGUGCGAAGUGGAAGUCACUGCAGCCGUCAAGCAGGCAGCGACGUUGCUUUCCAUCGCGGAAGACCGUAUAAAAGUUAUCUACGCUGACGACGACCAGAGUACUAUUGCCAGGAUGGGGAUCGUUCUCCGCGUCCCUCGUCAGGAUAGUCACCGUAUUCAACAGCAGAGCGGAAAGAGUCUCAGUGUCAUUCGAGCAUCAAGAGCCUCAGGCGUGUGGUUUUCUACACCGAUGGUCGACUCUCUAGGGGCCAAAUGGAAAUCUCUGAAACGAAAUUAUGAAGCUGCCGAAGCGGAUCUGGUGGAUUUCUUGACGUCGAUUUUUCGAUCACAAUACCGCGAUUUUUUGGAUGAAUUGAGCCUUCGUGUUGCAGAACUGGACGUUCUUGUAAGCUUUGCGCUUGUCUCGCACAAACACAGGUUUGUCCGUGCAUCCAUUGCAGACAACCGGUCAGUUUUUUCGCUACGGGGACUUUUUGACCCAUUCGCGCAGAAUUCAUCGAUCGCUUCGGAAAAAUCUUGCGACGAAGUAACUAUCGAGAUGUCUGGGGACGAUAAGAAGACAUUUUUGCUUGUGAAAGGCGAUCCAAAGGCUGGUGAUACCAAGCUGCUACAGCUUCUGGGCAUCGCUACUAUGUUGAAUCAACUUGGCUGUUUUGUUCCGUGCAAAACGGCAGUGCUUCCGGUUUUUGAUGCGAUGUAUUUGCGAACUGGAGCGUACGAUCAGCAGCUGUUCGGGUACUCAACCUUCAUGACCGAAAUGCGAGAAAUGAGCCACAUUUUCUCUGCAAUGACGUCAAAGUCACUGGUUUUGAUAGAAGAUCUGUGUCGAGGCACUUCAACGUCUGAAGGACUCGCGCUCGCUCUAUCAAUGUGCCUCCAUGCCAUGAAGUCCAAUACACUGACGUGCUUUUCGUCUCAAUGGCGCGAACUCACCGACCAAUUGGCAAAGCAAUCGGCCUGUGUCACCCCAACAUGGAGACACAAUAGAAAAAAAGACUCAAGAAUCUCGAACGCACCCCAAGCGGAGUUUGAAACAUUGAUGAGGAACUGUGAUCUGCCUCCUGACCUUAUUGCUCUCAUCAGCCAAGAGAUACAAACACUAAAAUGAACCAGCGUUAUCUUGUAUUAUGUUCAGGGACUAACGCCUGG